UCGCUUGUUUACAGUGAGUGAGGAACAGAGAUUGUGAAACUGUUCCUGGAUUGAGUUUCAGUGCUGCUCUUCAUAUUUAGAUCUUCAUCAGAGUCAGUGAGAAUCACCAGCACACGAUAUCACACUGAAGAAUGUUCCAGAUGGUUCAGUUCUUAGUUCCCUCGGGGCCCAAGACACUCAGUAACAUCAGUCUAUCUCCCCGGAGCGGACAGAACCGGACACAGACCACUUCCAAUGAGUUUCUUCAACACGUCCGGAGAGUCAGCGGUCUGAAACAGCAGGACGUGUUUUAUAACCUGCGUGUCCCAAACCAGUGUGAGAGCGACAGAGACGAGAUCAACCUGCUGCUGCUCACAGGUGGUGGAGUGUUCUGCAUCGAUCUGAAGACGUGGAGCGGCUCUGUUGCGGUUGCGAGCGAGGCUCAGGUCAGAGCGGAGCAGCAGAACUUCAGCAGUGUCUCCAUCCAUCAGCUGCCUGACGCUCUUCAGGACAUUACAGUGAAAACCAGAAACCUGCACAGUCACAUGAAGCACAGCGGGCUGAACCUGCGGCCCGGUCUCUUCAUUCCCCGAGUGCUGCUCCUGUCCGCAGACGGAGACCUGAGCGAGGAUCUGCUGCAGACGGAGAGAGACGAGCAGCUGCUGUCCUGUGCAGACGUGGAGCCGUUCCUGCGCUCGCUGCGCUCCGGAUACAUGUCCUGGCUCUCCGACGCCUUCACGCCGUCCUGGAUCUCAGGUCACCUGUCGUACGGUCAGAUGCGGGCGGUGCGGGAGCGGCUGGAGCUCUUGGGCACCUGGGAUGUGCUGCAGAUGAGCAGCGGUCAGGAGAUCACCGGAGACUUCCAGGGCUGCCAGCACCUCGCCCUCAACCGACAGGAAACAGAGCUGCUGGAGUUCAGCAGAACAGGAAGUGUGAUCACAGACACGCUGUGGAGCCUGCUGGGACACACGCCACAGGUCGCGGUCUCCAUGUAUAAGCGAGGAGCGCAGGGGUGGCUGGGUAAACCGCUGCUCGCCACGGCAACCAUCCCCUCCAGCACACGCGUGAUCUUCCGCAUCCGAGGAGAAGCCACGGACGCCAAGAUCCCGGCCGGAAGCAUCCGCUCCAUCACACUGAGCAUCUGAUCCCAACACUGACGCUUUAUUCACUCAGCAAUCAUUCAUGCACUCGAUAGCAGUGAGUAUUAUUCAGAGUAUCAUCACUACUGACAACACUAAUGUCUUUAUCACACGCAUGAACAAGAGUCUAAAUAUUUCACAUGUGCUUUGUCUUUUAAAUGUUGGAAAAUGAUCGAGUGCAGCUUUAAUAUCUGAUAAUUGCUGAGAAAUGUUUUGCCUUUCUAAUCAAACAUCAGCCUGUAUUUUGAUCAGAUUUUAAGUUCUCAGCUUUCAUGUUUUCAUACUCUUCACAUUCUAGUAAAUCUUCAUGGUGAUUUAAUAAAUGUUUCUAAUUUCUUUAAAGUGACCUUAAAACAUAGAAAAUAUCCUAAUUGGUAUUGUGACACUAUGACCAUUUCUUGUUCUUGUUAGUGAGAAUAUUCAGAUAAUAAUUUCCUCAAUUAUCCUCAAUAAUAAUUUUUUAAUCUCCAUUUUGUCAGUUAAUUUGAAAUUA